UACUGCAAAAGAUGACAGCCUUGACAUUUAUUUUAGUCGGUAUCCUGAUUUUUAGUCCAUUCACAAUUAAUAUACAAUUUUGCUGAGUUUCAUCUAAAGGUUUUCCUCAUAAUUACUGUUGCUGAAUCUUACUGUGUGUUAAGAGUGAACAUAAGCUAAAUUUUAGAGGCAUAAUUUCAAACAAAGUCAAUGGAAAUACAGUAUGCCGAUGCCUUCAGUGAAAUGCAGCUCGUGUUCCACUGGCACAUAUUGUUUCGUAAUGGCAUGUACAACAGUAGUACAGAAGUACAACAGUAUACGCAGCUAAAAGUAGUUGAAGUAUCAAAAAAUUAAAAUACUCUGCAGAAAGAUCCUGUUAAAGUUACAUUUUCUAUUCUUGGAUGUCUGUUACUGCUGAAUAGCUGUUUUGUAUGUAAAAAUCGACCUGUCUGAAAAAUGGAGUAGAAGUAACAUAUAAUGGAAAUACUCAAGUAGGCUACCUCAAACUUGUAACUAUAGUACCUGAGUUAUUUUACACCACUGGCAUUUCAUAUAGACACACAGUGACACACAAACUGAUAUCUUUGUUCUGAUUGAAGACAGCAGCCAAGUCAGUUACCAUUUUUAGUAAAGGAUAAUGGUGUGUACAAUCAUCCAGCAUGAUGAAUCGUGCUGUUGAAUUUUGUUAUGCACAGCCCUUUUAAAGUGCACACAGUAUUGUGUCACUGACAUUAAUAUUAUUACAAUCCAUACAUGCCCAAAUGCAAGUCAAAUAAGUCUAUGCUAUUGGCAAACAUGAAAAUAAAUAUGAUGGGUAAAAAUGAACUGGCAGAAUGGUUACAACCCUGUCAGUCACAGUGAUUUAUUAUGAUUAAUUACACUGUAACCCCUGCUGGGACGUCACUCUGACAGACUGAAACGUGGUUCUUAACUCUGAUAGCUGAGCCAAGCUGUAGACAAGAGAAGAAAACAAACCUCAUCUCGGCAGCCAGACUGUCCCUGCAACUCUUCCACCAUCAGCCAAAUAAAGUAACCUGCAGCAGCUGGUUACAGUUAUGCAGAAAAGAUAAGACGACCUGCUGUGGUAUAAAGUUGGGAAACUGGCAAAGUAUCCAUUUAAUACUCAACAAAUGCAUAGUCUUCAUAGCCAUUUUUCAUUUAUUACAGUGACGAUAUGACAGGCCUUUGCCCAGGCCAGUAGUCAUCAUAAAAGCCAGUGACAGGCUGAAAGCACAGCGGGACACUGGGGGGACUUCUCCAUCUGCUAAUAAAGUGCACUUUUACUGAUCAUUGAAUCUGGUGAAUGUGUGUGUGAGGGGGUGAGUUAUAGUAAUGGUUUUCAGUGGCAAGGGAGUCUUAAAUGGUGCUCUUUUAGAAGGUAGACAUCUGCAGGGCUUUAGCUCACACACAGGGAAGCAUUUGCCCCUAUCUGUGCACACUUGAGACUUGAUGUGAUAUUACCCAGUAUAUAAUAAUGUAACUUACGCUUUAAAGAGCUAUGGGGCACUGCACACACUACACCGGCAGCCCUCUGAAGGAAAAAACCUUGCACAUUUUCCCUAAAUGCUAGUGUGCAAAAUGUUAACUGUAGUCCUCAGACCAUGUAGCCGUGCAGGGCAUUUCCAUCUGUGAAAGAGGUCAUAAGGUCAUGGAGACAAGUAACAUAUCGAAAUGUGGGGGAAGCUGGUGCCGCUUUCUGCCUCCCCUUGGGCUGAGGGACCUCUUAUUGUGUAUGAAUAAGUAUCAUCACCAUCAUCUAGCUACAGUUUGGGAAUAGCCUGGGAGCUCAAAGUUUUUUCUCACUUUGCAGAAGGAAUUAGGGCACUGUGUGGGAGCGAGCAAAAGAGAGAGAGAGCAGAUGGAAACAUUGUUACUCGAGGCAACACUGGGUGCAGUAGCAGCAGCAGCAGCGUUUUCCUCCAUGGACUGAAGCGGGGAUUCUCUUCUUCGGCGUCGCCUGCAUGCAAAUGGAGCCGAGCGGGACAGAAUAAGCCUGAGUUAACACACUCAUCUGUAACCAACACUUGACUUGGCGAGGAGGGGAGCUUUUCUUCGAGCCCGUGGUGCAAGGCAACAUCACUGACAAUUUCCUAGAGCCUCCCACAAAGGCUCACACAGGUGACAAGUGUGGCCAACUUCACUGCCUGCAUUGACGCGCUCAGUGUUUUGUCCAGCAGCAGUGCGCCGCAUGGACCCGCCGCUGUUGUUUUGACGUGACAUUUUGCGUGCGCUGUUGUGUAUAUGUUCACAUAUGGACGCAGGAGUGUAGCGUUAAGUUUACGUCCUGAUUGGUAUGUUCGUCAUGUCCGCCUGGGUGAACUUGCGCGUUUCUCUGUAGAGUCACAAAGAGCCGGGCUCGGUGCAGAAGUUGGUUGGGAAUAAUAACCCACACAGUGCGGAGCGCGGAACAGGUGACAGCGGCUUUCAGGGGAUAUUGAGCGGCUGAAUUUACUACCAGCAUCAUCAGCAUCUCCGUGUGAGGAUCAAAACUGCGGAGGGCUUCCGCUUCUCACUCCUCUUCACCUGCUACUUCCAGUUUUUGCAGGAGCCAGCCAGUGAAUUUCAGCUUCUGAUACCACAGCUGCGUAAACUUGGCCAGAUCUGGUGACAUUGUGUGUGUGUGUGUGUGUGUGCGUGUGUGUGUGCGCGUGUGUGUGCUGAGCAGCCUGGAUGGAUAUGCGGCUCACUGAGGGAAUUUGAAAAGCAAGGGGGAUUACUAUCAGUCCCUCUCCCAUUAUAACCUCAAAAUGGAUGCCGACGACAGGCUGUGGAGACGCCACUGGAUUAGCCACUCUUCAGCUGAUCUGCUUGACAUCUGAGCGGCACGGGCGUUCAAAGUUUGGAUAAUCUAAAAGGCUGAAGGUAUAGGAUGCAAUCUGGAGUGAAGACGCUCUCCGCAGGUGGAGGUGCGUCACUCUGCUGCCUGCUGCUCCUGUGGCUCAUCUACUCCCAUCUGUUCAGAGAGGGCCAGUUGGCGGUGGGAACCUGCGAGAUAGUGAUGCUCAACAGAGACAGCAGCGUUCCCAGACGGACCAUCGCUAGGCAGACGGCCCGCUGUGCCUGCCGGAGAGGCCAGAUUGCCGGGACCACCAGGGCAAGGCCGGCAUGUGUAGACGCACGAAUUGUGCGGAGCCGUCAGUGGUGUGAGAUGGCUCCCUGCCUGGAGGGGGAGGUCUGCAGCCUCCUGUUUAACCGAUCCGGCUGGACCUGCACCAGGGGCAGCGGUCGCAUCAAGACUGUCACGCCUUUGCCUAAGGAGCCGUCGUAGGAUGCAGAAAAAAAGUAUGUUCUUGACAUCCGUGCUUUGAACAUUGUGUCCAUUUGACAGUGAGGGUCCCAAACUUCACACAAGGCUUGACCUUCAGUAAAAAAAUUUAAAAAACACACAAAAAACAACAACCCAGCUUCUCCAAUCACCUCAGUAAAAGACUCAAAGCAGACACUUCUGAGAACUCUGAGGAAUCUCAAGUGAGCAGCAUGGUAUACCAUCGGCACUGAAUCUUCAACGCAACCAAAAUCACGGACACACCAUAGAACAAAAUCCCUGUAAGGAACAGUUAUCAACAGGGCAGUGGAAUAUACAUUGAAGUACAUUACCCUUUUUUGUCGUUGUUAUCCAACAUCAGGUCUGCAGGGAACGGCUCCUUGAAGAUUUUUUGUACCUUUGUGGCUUGAUUUAGUCUUGUCAGAAGGUCUUUCAAAAGUCAGCCCCUUCAUCUUCUUUACUAUCCCUGCUAUUAAGCUGUCCAGGGUUAUACUCCAGCCAAGUUUCUUUAAUGACAGCUCGCUGCUAAAGAGCUGUGACUUUACAGAGGUUGAGCCAGGCUGUAUCAUCCAUUGGAUUUCUAGCCUUUAACACGUUUCUCUCAUUUGGCUGGGUGAACCUUUACAAGCCCGUAGCCUCCAAAAUCUCUGCAUAUACACAGGACGGUUGUGAAGGACAUUGUGUAAAAGCUUGAAAAGUAUAUUGGAAUGUCACAGAAGAGACAACAUAGAUGAACUGACUGGCUGUCCUCAGUGAAUGAAGGUGAUUAUAGUGAAAUGUGGACAUUUUGGACAACUUAGCUUAUAAUUUAUGUUUUUUAUGUGGUGCCAACAUAGACUAGAAGAGUAGUUUUUGUCAAUGAUCCUCACACAUCUUGUACACACCACUGGAAACAUUUAGCAGAUGUGGACCCCUGGCUCAUCUUAAUGUCUCAUUUAAUGUCUAUGCUUUGUGUGUGUGUGUGUGUGUGUGUGUGUGUGUGUGUGUACGCGUGUGUGUGUGUGUGUGUGCGUGGCUGUAUGUCAGUGUGCGUGCACAUCCAGAGAUACACUGUGAAAUAAAUAAUAUCGAAUGCAUUAUUCAUACUCUUGUAUAUUUUUGGGACACGCCCAGACCAGAGCUCACCAUCUGGCAAAAGAAGCCUUUGCGAUUUUACAGAUGUUAGAUCUCAUUUGAAUCUUCACGGAUGAAUCCUGGGUUCACCUUUUGUUUUCUUUCUUGUCCUUUCUUUAGUAAAUUGAGAUAUUUAUAUUGGGGGGAAAUAUUAUUGAAACUGGGGACCGAUCUACAUUAUAUCACAUAAGUUAAAUUCUGUAAUUAUAACCAAUUCAUGUGUGAUUAAAUGUAUUCAGAAUACUUGUCUAAAUUGACUAUAUUUUGAUAUGAAAUGUUUUGACCAGCUGAAAGUGCUAUUUGCUGAUUUCAGAUGCUUGAUAUAUUUGAAAUUAUGUAUAUGUAUAUAUAUAUAUAUAUAUUCAAUUAAUGUAUUGUUAUGUGGGUCUCAUUCCAAGAGGAGAUAAAGAAAAGUAGGAGGACAAGAGGCAUUCUUCUAAGAGAAGUACAAGAGGUGGACACAAUAACACGAACACCAGUAAGAUAUUAAAAACACAGAAUAAAACACAAUCCUUAUACCACAACACAACAACCUACAGUUUGGUCUGCAAGAUCUCUCUGAUGCAGUUUUAAAAAAAUAACCUUCAAGGAAGUAAUGUUUGUUGCAGGGUGAUUGCAAUAUAUUGUACAGAUGUUCCUAUUAAUGUAUCUACACGUUGUUUUUUCAUUUCUUUGUACUAAAAUUUCCUGUACAUCCCCAUCUUAAUGUAUGCAUUUGAGGAUAUAAAGAGAGUGUCCGCUCCCGGGAGCUGCGGAGUGUGUA